GAUUGUGCUUCAGAAGCACAGCCCCUACGAUCUGAAAGUGUCGGCGCUAUUCUGGUCAAGCCUCCUUCUGGUGGAGACGCACCGCUAGAACCAGAUCAGCUUCUGUCUGACAUACAGCCUCUCCCCGGAGGACAAAUGGCUUUGCUGGAUCUGUUUUCCCAUCCUGUGUGGAUCGCUUCCACGUUGGUGCUGGCUGUGGUUGUGCGUCUCCAGCGGAGAGCCCGCUGGGAUCCCCAAGCCUGCGCCGUGCGCCUCACCGGGAAGACCGCUAUUGUGACAGGAGCCAAUACAGGGAUCGGGAAGUUCAUUGCCCUGGACUUUGCACGCCGCGGGGCGCGCGUUAUCCUGGCGUGUCGAAGCGAGUCCCGGGGCAAGGCAGCGCUGGACGAAAUCAAGCAGAUGACAGGAAACCCCGAUGUCCAUCUACAUCUGGUGGAUCUGUCCUCUAUGGACUCUGUCAGAGAAUUUGCAAAGAGGAUUGUGAAGGAAGAGAAGGUGCUCCACAUCCUCGUAAACAAUGCUGCAGUAUCAGGUUUACCCAGACAAAUCACCAAAGACGGGUUUGAGGCUUCUUUUGCCACCAACCAUCUGGGACCGUUUCUGCUCACCAGCCUUCUGCUGGACCUGAUUAAGCAAUCAGCUCCUGCUCGAAUCGUCAACCUUAGCUCAGUCAACCAUAAGAGAGGUCAGGUGGACUUCGAUCACUUCCAUGGAAAGAACCUGGUUCAUCACAUGGAUCAAGUCUACAAUCACACCAAGCUGCACAACAUCAUCUGCACCAAUGAGCUGGCGCGCAGAUUACAAGGCACAGGUGUCACUGCUAACUCUGUCCACCCUGGUGUUGUCAUGACAGAAGUGAUGAGACAUUACCCGUUCUGGAUCCGUUAUCCUUUUAACCUCAUCGGGCUUUUCUUCUUCAAAGAUUUAUGCUGCAGCUGGAAAAACACCACCUGGAUGUAAUUUGGUCUCUCACAAACCAGACCUUGGACACGUGAUGAUUCUGCCCUUCCACUCUGCUGUGGUCUCUGCUCCCAUGACAAACGCAGCGCAUUCAAACAAAAUGACUUAAAUAAACAAGCUGAGUUUUGAACCCACACAUUAACCAGGCUGUCUGUGUGUGCUGCAUACGUGAAACAUCACCAAAAGACCUCAGAUAGUGGAAUCAUUUAUUUGCUUUUUGUAAUUCGUCUUCUUUAUCAGCACUUCUGUCACCACAGACAAUUAAUUGUAUUUUCCAAUUGCAAACAUGUUAAAAACUCAAGAAAAUGUAUUUGGGAAAUCAGAUCUGAACACUUUUAGAAUUUGGUUGCAACCCGGAUGGUGUUGCGGCUGGAGAAGUUCAGCAGGAGGACGUGAAACAGACUGUGGUCAUUUAGUGACAGCAUCUGACAGUCAAAACUAAUCCGGCGGCCAAGAUUUAAACUCUGAGUUCAAAGAAGAUUUCUAAAGAUGAAGGAAAGUAUGUUUGACAGCAGUUAAACAUUUUCCAUAUAUAGAGCUUAACAAACCAUAACAACAAUGUUAAGAAUCCAGUUUGGUCUGCCACUGCUGACCGUGUGGUGGAGUCACGUUCCUGCUAAAUGAGCGCCUUCAAGCGUACUCAUCAUGCACUUCCUGUCAACCCCAUAAAGCAGGAAGGGUUGCACUCUCAGUUUUCUUUUUUGUUCCCUAAGUAGGAUUUUACACACCAGGAUAAGAUUUUAAAAGAUAGCUGGUCCUUACUUUUCUUUUUAUAUAAGUUUAGGAAAAUCACCCCCAGCUGAAUGACGACACAUUUGACCAAUGAAGUAAACACAGGAUAAAAUAAAAACAUGAUCUGUUUAGUAUGAAUUUAGCGCUUUGGAACAGCCUUAGCUCAGACCUCCCGCCUAAUCCAGACCUUCACUGGGUCAUUGUACGACUUUGAUUGGUUGCAGAUUUGGGAAGGAUUGUGCUGUUAUAUAACACCACUUAGGCCCAGCUUUGGUCAUUUAGUCAGCUGAAUCUAGGAUCAUUUGGUAUCCAGAGGAGUUCAGUGGCUGCAAGGUUCCCAAACCCUCAGCCCUGUCUUUGAAGAAAUUGUGCUAGUUUGUUUUUUCUCUCAAAAAUGCCACUCAUUAUAAAUAAACAUGUUAUUUUUGUUCUAUUUUCCAUUUAAAGGUGUGGAACACUUGUUUGAUCACUACAUUUGUAGUGGUCCCUAGUAGGAAUGAAUGCCUUGUAAGUUGUUCUCGGGGGUGUUUAUGCCGUUGCAUCGUUUCUAGGAACUAGAAGUGAGCCGCAUCACAGCCGCGGUUCAGACGACAGGAUUCGGAGUCUUAUUUCCUGAUAUUUGGACAUCUUGCCUUGGAUUGGAUUACAGCGAUGUAACUCCACCACUGAGUUGCGACGCUGAUUUUUAUCUCCACAAAUAACACAAGCCUGGAGGAGUUCUGCCAUGUGUUGAAGAUGCUAAUGGUAACGGUUAGCUUAAACUAGUCAAGAUGUUCUCUGCUGUUUCCUGAGAACAAUGUCCUCAGGAAACUGUCCUCAGGAAACUGUGGGUUUACUUUAGCAUUCAGAGCUGUUUACUGAAUGCUAAAGUAGUCCCAAGUCUAAAAUAGCACCUGUGAUUCCUUUAUGUUACUUAUUUUCACUUGUAGUCAGUCUGAUUAUUUAGGUCACCAAGCAGAAUUGAGAUCACUACUGAGUGAUUUUAUGAACUUUUUUUUUAUAUAGCGCCAAAUCACGACAAGAGUCGUCUCAAGGCACUUCACAUAAUAAACAUUCCAAUUCACAGUUCAUUAAGCCAAUCAGAAAUAAUGUUUCCUAUAUAAGGAACCCAGCAAAUUGCAUCAAGUCACUGACUAGUGUCAGUGACUAUACAGCAAUCCUCAUACUAAGCAAGCAUGCAGCGACAAUGGAGAGGAAAACUCUUUCACAAUGCUAGUUGGAUCCAUUCAUUUACUGUGUUUUAUGCUAAGCUAAAGCAAAAGGAAUAUCGCUGGGUCAGGAGAAUGACUGGGCUUGUGUUUUACGUCUUUUGGCAGUUUUCUGGGCUGUAGGUCCAGACUUGGUUCACUUCACUGUUUAUUUAUGUGUGUUUUAAUUUCGUUUUGGCACUGUUCCACAACUGAGAAAUAGCGCCACCACUGCAAGAAAAUCAAGUAAAACCCAAACUCUUGGUUAUUCACAGGAUCAUAUAUUUUCAUUUUAUUUACUUCAAAGUUUAUGAUUUCACUCAUCGUAGAUGUUUUUUAUGCAAACUUGCAUAUAACCUUGAAAAAAUUGUAUAUACGUAUAUAUGCAAGUCUGAUUGCAUACUCUCCACAAUUUCUGUCUCCC